AUGUUGAGAGCGUGUGUGCUAGACUUUAAAGGAAGCUGGGAGGAACAGCUUCACCUCGUCGAGUUUGCCCACAACAACAGCUACGGGCAGACCAUUCAGAUGGCACAUUUCGAAGCAUUGUAUGACAGAGUGUGUAAAACACAGAUUUGUUGGGAUGAGGUUGGAGAACGGAAAAUCACUAGCCAAGAAUUGGUUCAGCAGUCAGUGGAUGCAGUUGCAGUCAUUAGGGACAUAUUAAAGACCACUCAGAGCUGCCAGAAAACUAUGCAGAUAAGCAUUGAAGACUAUUGGAAUUCUAAGUUGGAGAGCAUGUCUUUCUGA